UGUUUCAGUUCCUAUAAAAUUGCUGUACUUUAUGCAAUAGUUGUCUGAACAGACUGGAGUCAGACGUGUCCGGGGGCAAUGCAGCUGUAGCUGGGAGCCCUUCCUCCGCCACCAGCCUCUGCCCUUCCCUGUAGGAUCCAGCAGGCCGGUGUAGAAAAUGUGAUGGGCAGGGAGAGAGAGAGAGAGGAGGGACCCUAGGGGUGUCUACCCCUCCUUUUUUAUAAUCCUGUCCGCCAUUUGAGACGCAUUUCCAGCUGGGAGCAAGGUCAGCUCCCAGAUUGCUGCACUGGGCAGUACGGCAUGGGGAGAAGGUGACCAGCCCUCUGUGGAGAAAGAAGUGGUUCGGGACUAUUUAGAAAAACUGGACGUGCACAAGUCCAUGGGGCCGGAUGCGCUGCAUCCGAGGGUGCUAAAGGAGUUGGCGGGCACCUCCCGGACUAAGGGUCCAUUUCACUGACUGUGAGAAGCUGGAAAUGUCCCAGUGAUCCUGUAACUGCUGGGAAGUUUCUCCUGGGCUCAUGAGUUACAAUGAAGAUGAGGAUUUCCUUCCGCUCGCACUGUGCCAUGGGCAACCCCUCUCUGUCCAGUUACCUCAUUUUCCUUUUUACGAUCCAUGUUCCUACAUUGGAAUCAGUGAAUUUCAAGGUGAUUGGACCUGAUCAUCCCAUCAUGGUCUCUGCAGGUGAAGAUGCCCUGUUACCCUGUCACCUCUCCCCCAUCAUGAGUGCCCAGGAGAUGGAGGUGCGCUGGCAUCGAUCCAAGUUCUCUGAACCUGUCCAUCUGUAUCAGAAUGGAAAAGAUCAGGCUGAGCUGCAAAUACCAAAUUAUCAGGGCAGAACAGAGUUGCUGAAGGAUGGUAUUGUGGAUGGAAGCGUUGUCCUGCGUAUACGCAACAUCACCCCCUCUGACCAUGGGCAGUUUAUCUGUUUCUUCCGAUCACUCAGCUUUUAUGCAGAAGCCACUCUGGAACUGAAGGUGACAGGUCUGGGCUCUACUCCUCGCAUCUCUAUCGACAGCUACCAGAGCGGAGGGAUCCACAUGGUGUGUGAAUCUGCUGGAUGGUACCCAGAGCCCCAGGUGCAGUGGAGAGACUUCAGGGGGCAGAACUUACCAUCCCUGACAGAAAAAAUAACUCAACAUGAUAACGGCCUGUAUGCAGCACAAAUUUCCAUUAUUGUAACAGAAACUUCCAGUCAGGAUCUGUCCUGCUCUGUCAGGAACCCCCACCUCAACCCAGGGAAAGAGUCUGUGGUCUACAUCGCAGAUCCAUUCUUCCUGAGAGCCUAUCCUUGGAUGGUGGCUGUGUACAUACUCCUGGUUGUUGUGUGUUUGCUCACUUUCACAGCAAGCUAUUUCUUCUGGAAGCAACACAAGGCAAAAGCGACGUAUGUUGCAGAGACAGGGAAACACGUUGCUGACCGUGAAAAGCUCCAGGUUGAGCUUGGAAAGCUGCAGGUUGAGCUUGGAAAGCUCCAGGCUGAUCUUAAAUGGAGAAAAACUCAAGUAUAUGGAGAAGUGAAGAUAACUCUGGAUCCACGGACAGCUCAUCCUGGGCUCAAGCUGUCUGAGGGCCAGAAGACUGUGACUUGGGAAUCCAAACAUCAGGAUCUGCCUAACAAUCCCGAGAGAUUUGAUGAAGUUUUCUGUGUGCUGGGUUCUGAGGGAUUCACUUCAGGGAGAAUUUACUGGGAAAUGGAGAGGAUGGGGGGAAUCUGGGCCAUAGGGGUCGCCAGAGAGUCUGUGAGGAGGAAGGGACAAAUCAAAUUUACCCCCGAGGAGGGGAUCUGGGGGAUAGAACAGUCCAGGGAUCACUACUCAGAUCUCGCCACCCCUGAGGUCCCCCUGCUACUGUGUGAGACACCCAAGAAGGUACGGAUCUAUGUACACUAUGAAAAGGGGCAAGUGGCAUUUUUCAAUCCAGAUAAUGGUGAUCUGAUCGCCAAUCUCACAGCUUCUUUCAAUGGGGAGAAAAUAUUCCCCUUUUUCUGGGUCUGUUCCCACCUCACACUAACCAGCUGAGACACUUGGAGAUCAGAUGGGUGGGUGGGGGCGUGUAACUUGUUCCAUUGGAGCCACAGCUCUGUCUCCAGCAUUCGCUGUGGCACUGGGGCUCUCCACUGGCCCCACAGCCACAGAAAGCAGGGAACAGCCCAUGUCUCUGCUGCUUCUCUCUAUCUCUGUGGGGCCUGCAGAGGCCCCAGGCCCAGGGAGUGAGCAAUAAUCAUGCUGGCUGUGUGGGGCAGGGAUGGUGCUAAGUAGUGGGAACUGGAGAGAGGAAAUUGCGGAGAAGGUGGGGAAUUAUUCUUAACUCUGACCCAUGCUACAAACUACCAACAAGCUCUUUCAGUACAGAUGCAGAACCACAACAUUCUCAGCUCUGUCAUUGGCAGAGCCUCCCCGUCAGAGUCACCAACGUGCUUAGGGUGGGGUCUGGUGAUUCCUCACCAUCUCCCUCCCCUUUACUGCUGGGAUCCAGUGAUUACUUAUCAUACUGCAGGGACUUGAUCCCAGUCCUAAAAGAUGCUCUGUCUCAAAAAGAUGCAGAGAGGGAACCAGAUGACAUUACCGCCUCCAUGGCCAUGUCCCGAGUUAAUGCAUGCUGUAGUCAAACCAGCAAAGUUGCUAUUUGCACUGCAACCACUGAAGGGCAGAGUUUCUGCAUGCUGACUUUACACUGUUAUGCUGGAAGGUGUUAGUGACUGCCAUCGAUCACAGAUGAGGGUAAUGUCCAUGGGUGUGCUAAAUACACUUAUUUUUAAAUGGAAGGAGUAAUUAACCCCCUUUGAGGAGUGAGAAAGCUGGAAACCAUAGGUGACUAGUAACUGCUGACAGUAAGGGGGCACAAUUUAAAGUUUAUGGUGGUAUGUGUGACGGGUUGGAUCACAGAAUCCCCCUUUGGGCUGCCAACUGAUGUGCCAAGACUACUUCUGCCCCUGCUUUCCUGCUCCAUCAGCUUAGGACUUCAGUGCCCUGCCUGGUUUGAGCCAGACCUGCUAGCCUGCUGCAAACCCAGACCCAGGGUCUGAACCACGUCCCCUAACAGCUGUAAGCUUAACUGAAAGCAGCUUACAGAAGUGUUCUUGUCUUUAACACUCAGAUGCCCAACUCCCAAUGGGGUCUAAACCCAAAUAAAUCCGUUUUACCCUGUAUAAAGUUUAUACAGGGUAAAUACAUAAAUUGUUCGCCCUCUAUAACACUGAUGCGGGGGGGGAAACAGCUGUUUGUCCACACCACCCCUAAGUAUUAACACAUACUCUGAGUUAAUAAGUAAAAAGUGAUUUUAUUAAAUACAGAAAGUAGGAUUUAAGUGGUUCCAAGUAGUAACAGACAGAACAAAGUGAAUUACCAAGUAAAAUAAAAUAGAACACACAAGUCUAUGUCUAAGAAACUGAAUACAAAUAAAACCUCACCCAGUAAGCUUCCUUUUACAGACUAGUCUCCUUCUAGCCUGGGUCCAGCAAUCACUCACACCCCCUGUAGUUACUGUCUUUUGUUCCAGUUCCUUUCGGGUAUCCUUGGGGGUGGAGAGUCUUUCUCUUUAGCCACCUGAAUACAAAAUGGAGGGUUCUCCCACGGGCUUAAAUAGACUUUCUCUUGUGGGUGGAGACCCCCUCCUCUCUCCUAUGCAAAGUCCAGCUCCAAGAUGGAGUUCUGGAGUCACCUGAGCAAGUCACAUGUCCAUGCAUGACUCACAGUUUUUACAGGCAGAAGCCAUUGCCCACAUGGUAUCUUGAAUGUCUCCAGGAAGACUUCUUACGUGGAUUGGAGCAUUCCAAGAUGCAUUGUUCCUUAAGUGCUUCUUGAUUGGACACUUAACUUUGCGAAUUACUUUCUCCAGGAACUGACCAAAUGCUCUACUGAGGUUAUUUAGAAAUCCAGCCAAUACACGGCCAAUAUUCAUAACUUUGAAUACAAAAAUGAUACAUGCAUACAAAUAGGAUUAACAAAUUCAGUAGAUCAUAACCUUUACAUAGAUAUGUUACAUGGCCAGUACAUGACCAAUAUUCAUAAUUUUUAAUAUAAAAAUGAUACAUGCAUACAAAUAGGAUUAAUAGAUUCAGUAGAUCAUAACCUUUACAUAGAUAUGUUACAUCGCAUAUGUCGCACAGAACAUAUUCCAGUUAUGUCAUAUAUAUUCAUAAGCAUAUUUCCAUAAAGCCUUAUGGGGGGCACCGUCACAGUAUGCAGCAGGGUUCAAGGCUGGUACUCAUGAGACAAAGGAGUUUUGGUGUCUAGCGCUACUUUUCAUAGAAUCAUAGAACUGGAAGGGACCUCGAGAGGUCAUCUAAUCCAGUCCCCUGCACUCAAGGCAAGACUAAGUAUUAUCUAGACUAUCUCUGACAGGUAUUUGUCCAACCUGCUCUUAAAAAUCCCCAGUGAUGGAGAUUCCACAACCUCCCCAGGCAAUUUAUUCCAGUGCUUAACCACUCUGACAGUUAGGAAGUUUUUCCUAAUGUCCAACCUAAACCUCCCUUGCUGCAGUUUAAGCCCAUUGCUUCUUGUCCUAUCCUCAGAGGUUAAGAAGAACAAUUUUUCUCCCUCCUCCUUGUAACAACCUUUUAUGUACUUGAAAACUGUUAUGUCCCCUCUCAGUCUUCUUGUUUCCAGACUAAACAAACAAUUUUUUCAGUCUUCCCUCAUAGGUCAUAUUUUCUAGACCUUUAAUCAUUUUUGUUGCUCUUAUCUGGACUUUCUCCAAUUUGUCCACAUCUUUCCUGAAAUGUGGCACCCAGAACAGGACACAAUACUCCAGUUGAGACCUAAUCAGCGCAGAGUAGAGCGGAAGAAUUACGUCUCGUGUCUUGCUUACAAUACUCCUGUUAAUACAUCCCAGAAUGAUGUUUGCUUUUUUUGCAACACCGUUACACUGUUGACUCAUAUUUAGCUUGUGAUCCACUAUGACCCCCAGAUCCCUUUCCGCAGUACUCCUUCCUAGGCAGUGAUUUCCAAUUUUGUAUGUGUGCAACUGAUUGUUACUUCCUAAGUGGAGCACUUUGCAUUUGUCCUUAUUGAAUUUCAUCCUAUUUACUUCAGACCAUUUCGCUUUUUGAUGUCAUGUUUUACAAUACUAUGUAAAAGCAGAUGGUGACUGUUCUAAAAGAGAGCUACCCAGGAAAAAAACUUUGAUUGUAUGUUUCGUACAUGCAUUAAAAAUCUUAAGAAAGUUGUCCUAAUAGAUGGCUAGCAUUUAGGCCGAUUUGUAUGUUGCUGGCUCUGACACUUGAGAUUCUUUAAAAAAGAGCACUCACAGAAAUUCUUAUGCAUUCUGUCAUUUGCUUCUUGGUGUGCUCACUGCUACCUUAGAAUAAAGUGCCAGAAUCAGUCUUGUGAAUAAUAUAUCCCCAACACAACGCCAACCCAACUGCAAUACGGCUUUAUAAUUACAACCAAACCAAAUGAGGUUUUGAUAGAAAAAUAAUAGUCCUAUCCCUCGUUCACGUUCCCAAGCACUAAGAUAACAAAUGAUUUAUAUUAGCGCACUAGAUGCAUAUUAAUUUCAUAGGCAGAGUCAAGGAAUUUUCCUGAUUCUAGUGGCAAAGAUGCAAGCAGACCGUUAAACAGCGCACUACAAAACACUUACCAUACUAGGAACUAUUAUUAUAAUUAAAAUGACACUUGCCAAAUAAAUGAAUAAAGUACAUUUUGUCAGGCACUA